GCAAGCAAGAGUGUCAUCUCGGGCGUGGAUCGGUUAGUGCGUUUGUCGGUGGUGUUGUUAUUCAAAAAUGUAGUUAUGUCGUAAAAUGUGCGGAAAUUAUUCAAAUUAUGCUAAUUUCCCUUAUCAAAGACUUCCAUAUUAUAACUUUAAGUUUAAAGUGGUUGUGUGCUGCUGAAGUGACAUAAUUAUUUGUUUACUUUAAUCAGGAUUUUUAGUUUAAGUUAACAUCAUGCCCAAGCUUCAUGUACCAUCAACUUUUCUGGUGCGAGUAGUGCUGCCAGGUGCACUGCUAGUCAGUAUAGCACUACGCCCGUUCGGUUUAUCAUUUAUAUACCUUCUCCUCUACUUAAUAGCACCUCUAACACCAGUGCCAAGCACGCAAACUAUACGAGGAUGGCCGGGCAGUUUUCUUUGUUUAACCUUCGUGGUUUCAUUUCUGCUUUUACUAUUACACAUAGUAUGGCACAUAGUACUGGCCGCGUUCCCGCCCUACGGGUCGCUGCCAAACAACAACCCACUCGUAGAAAUUAUCGGUCGGAACUUGGGACUGGUGCCCUAUGAUUUUAUAGAUCCAACAAUGGCCAUACAAUACUUGGCACCGGAGUUAUUGAUGGCUAUCGUUUCGUCGUUGGUUUACGUGUCUGUAAAAAAGUUAUUGUCGGGAUCAGACCAAGCCGAAAAAAAGCCGCACUCGAAACAUCAGAAAUAUCCGCUCCUCACCAGUGCCGGUAAAUACCUAUGCCUCUUCCUAAUAAUGUUCUCCGGCAUCAUGCUGCCAAGCGUGACGUCAGGCAUCUACUUCCUAAUAUUCAUGGGCGCGGCGACGGCGUGGUCGCUGGGCCAGCCGCUGGAGCGCGGCUUCGCGGUGGUCGGUCGCUGCCUCAUGGGCAUCAUGGCGGUGCACAUAGCGGUGCUGCUCGCCUAUCAGUGCACGUGGCUGCUGGAAUUAUAUCCGCCUGACAUGAAUUUUGCGAGGUAUUUCGGUCUAACACAAUUAGUAAACCUCACCCACACCGAUCCUGCGAGUUUUUCGUACGAAACGACAAGCAAGUACUCCUGGGCGACUGUGGCUAGCCCAUUAGUUAUACUCUUCACCUACUACGCGCUAGGAGUUGAGACGCGGGAACUAUUCAAACCAAAGGUUGCAUAUUCCUACAUAGAUUCAGAUUCACUUCGUGGCAGUCCCAGUGAGAACACUCCUCUGAUCCGCAACAUGAGCCCCAGCAAGCGGUGGCCGGCCGGGCGGUCGCGCUCAUCCAUCAGGAGGCUGCAGCAGGACCCAUCCGGCUCUGUGAUUAUUCCAGAUGAAGAAUCUAAUACGGAGAUGAAAGAGCCAACACUGAUGGAUGAUAUAUUAGCUGCUAUAGUAGAUUUCUUCCAAGUUGUGAUCAGAUCGUCGUACAUAGCGACGACGAUCACAAUGAUGGCGUGGAGCAUAAUGUACCACUCGUGGCUGACGUUCGUGUUCCUGAUGUGGGCCAACGUCGUGUGGCUGUGCCAGGACCAGCGCUCCUUCAUGCUGAAGACCAGCCCCGUGCUGGUGCUGUACGCCAUGCUGCUGCUGCUCGCGCAGUACAUCUACGGCAUGGACCUCACCGAAGCUGAGCUGCCUUCCUCGAUCUAUAAUGAAACUGGCGUCAACUUAGAGCAGAUAGGCCUAAGUCCGCCACCCGGGAUGCCCCUGGUGCCUCUCCUCAUCAAGUCCCUCUUCACGUGCAUGUUCUGGGUGACGUUGCGGCAGCGCGUGCAGGAGAUCAGACAGCGGCGCCAGUCCGCCGUCAUCACGGACAUGGCGGCGCCGCUGCAGCUGACGGUGUCUACUGCGGCCAGUGUAAUAGAAGCGCAGCGUGAGGAUGAAGAACGUUCGCGCUUGCUAAGCAAAGUGGGGGAUUUCCUCAGGGCGGCGUGCGCUCGCUACUGGAUAUAUGUGGUCGUCAUAAUGCUCUUCGUUAUCGGCAUCACGGGCACCAGGAUGACUAUCUUCCGAAUCGUCUACAUGUUCCUAUGCCUCGGAUUUAUACUCAUGUUCCAAAUGAGCUGGUACUGGUGGCGGCGGCUGAUGUAUAUCUUCUGGAUAACAGUGAUCAUAUACUCAAUGAUCAACCUCAUCCUCAUCUACAUAUAUCAAUUCGACGGCUUCCCCUAUACUAUUGAGAAGUAUCUUCACAUCUCUGUACAACUGCAAAAUGACCUCGGGUUGGAGCCGUACCAUCCAGCGGACUUGUUCGUCAAGCUUCUGACACCCACUUGCUUUUUGAUAAUAACCAUAAUGCAGGUGCACUACUUCCAUAAAGACUUUAUGGCCCUCUCGGAUCCGAACACUAGUACAAAUACUAAUAGUGUAGUCAGAAAUGGAAAUGAGUCGAGCAGACCAAGCAACGCCGGCGCUUCCACCAUGAAAGACGAUGUGCCACCCUUGCCGCUUGAGGAGGAAGCAGACAAAGUAUCCGUGACAGGUUCUAUUACCGAAGUGGAACAGUCGUUAUCUACGUAUAAUACUAGACGUAACUUGCACAGGAAGCCAUCUCGGUCGCGAUCGUACGCCCCCACGAUCACGGAGCCCCACUCGACGCCGUUCCGUCAGUGGUUCGCGGAGAGGUGCGCCUGUUUCAAGGCCGGCCUCUACGUGUGGAUCGACUACCUCUUCAUGUAUAUGUACCUGCACCUCACUAAGGUUGUGUUCCUGUCGCUCACGCUGGUUUGUGUUAUGCGGGUGUGCGCUAUGCACGUGCCAAUAAUGCUUAUAGUAGCACCGGCGCUACUACUCAACGCUAAGAAACAGCGCGUCAUCAUCCUCUUCAUAUCGACACUUAUCACCGUUUACUUCAUGGCGAAGAUGGUUUACCAAAUAGAAUACAUCCGGCCCGCUGUUUUUGAUGUCAACUGUACUAGCUAUGAUGAAUCAAAGGAAACCACGUAUAACAACGCGGAAUGGCUCGGUUUUACUAAAAACAGGAAUUUGGCGGUGCUGCUUAAAGACUACAUAGGGCUUAUAGUCGUAUUCACAUUCCAUUCUCUAGUCACGUACCGCCAGCAAACAAAACGGGAUCAAGGCUGGACAUCCAAUCAACGAGAGAAGGUUCUGUUUCCCGAGGUCACGCGCAAGGAGGCUGACAUCAAUUUGGUUUACUGCGCAAAAUACAUGAUCAACUAUGGUUUUUACAAGUUCGGUGUUGAGGUGACCCUAAUAUGCUUAAUAGGUGUAAUAGGAUCGCGUAUGGACAUAUACGCAGUACUGUACUCCUUCUGGCUGCUACUGUUGGUGUCCCUAAAGAGACCGAGCCAAGCGCGGGUGUGGACGACUUUCACCGUAUUCAUCACGAUCCUGGUGCCUAUACAGUACAUGAUAGCGGUUGGAUUCCUGCCGCAGUUCUGCGUCACGUAUCCAUGGGGAACGGAUACUGCUAGCGACAAAGACCUCCGAACAUUCAUGUUCCUCCCAUACGCUGACAAUCCGCCGCAUGCCACCAAGCUAGUUUUCGACUUCUUCCUAUUGGUGUUUGCGUCGAGACAGCUUCGUGUGUUCAGACAAGAACGCAAGGGCGAGGAGUAUCCGGGAGGGUCGAACAGCGAGGACAUAGGACAGGACUGGGAGACGCCGACCUUUGUCAACCCUGUGCCGGACUUCCUUGGCGUUGUCGGCACUUGGCUGGAUGUGGUAAAGCGCAUGGUGUUCCUGGGCAUGCUGUGGGUGACCCUGGCCAUCAUGUUCCUCACGGGCACGAACCGCGUCAACCUGUUCUCCAUGGGCUACCUCAUCGGCUCGUUCAUCUUCCUGUGGCAGGGGACCGACUUCUAUUUGAGACCGAAGCAGGCUAUUUUACAAUGGUGGUCAUGGCUCCUCCGUUACAACGUUUCCGUGGUGGCGAUAAAGGUGAUCCUCCAAAUCCCGGGUUGCCUGUUCCGCGAGAAGACGCAGCUCCACGCCUGUUGGCUGGUGCAACUGCUGGGUAUAGGCUGCGUGGACAAAUUUGCCGGCACCCUUGGAAGUUUCAUUAAGAUGGAAAGUUACAACAAGGACACAAAAUGCACAGUACCUCAAGAAGACAUCGGCCUGGCUUGGGACGGCGUGUGCUUUGCCUUCCUGAUAUUGCAGCGGAGACUCUUCCAUAGUUACUACUUCUACAGAGUUAUCGAUGAGAGCAAAGCGACCACAGUUCUAGCGUCAAGAGGAGCCGAACUUAUUGAAGAGCUGCGUCAGAAACAAAUGCAUCUCCAAGAGGACCAGGAAAUCAGGAUAUUGGAAAAGAUCAAAGUAAAGAUGGAGAGAAUAAAAGCUAACCAGAAAAAGAUCCACGGGGUUUUGCACAAGGACCCGAAACACCAUGAUCGAGAAGAGGAGGACUCGGACACGCAGCCGGGCGACACGGAGGCGGUGCCGCUGGUGCGCGGCGACUCGGAGUCGCGCGGCUUCCAUACGCCUGACAGCCCCGCUUCCCCCCGCGGAUUCCACACCCCUCUCAGCGAGCCUUCCGCGCCACCGUCGAGAGUCCACACCCCGCCACCCUUGCCCCGCCCGCUCACGCUCCCCGCCCUACCUCCUCCUACCAGUUCCCAAGGCGGCCCUCCGUCGCCUUCCUCCGCCUUGAUGACCGUAUCCCUAGACGCAUACUUGGAACCGCGCCGAAUUUCGUUCGAAUCCCCCCCGUCCUCCGAUCUCCUCCCCCGUGCUCAAAGCCCUGAAGAAUCCUACCCUGUCUUUUCCCCCCCUCCGAUCCGUCGCCGCCAUACAGUGGCCAGCCCGAGUCUCCUGCGUACUUCGCUCAUAUCGCAGUCGAGCCGCGCCGAGCCCAACUCUCAUCAUACGUCCGUUCGUUCGGGAGACUACUACAUGUUUGACGAUUUCGAUGACACCGAGGUUCCUCUCAAGGAGGAAGAGGAGGAGUCAGACGAGGACGCACCCAAGGAAAUGGGCCUGGGCAAGCUACUGUCGACGGCGAUCAAGACGGACUUGAAGCAGGCGGUGCGGCGCGCCUCCAUGCCGACCGUGCGCUCGCGGCGUCGCCUCUCCGCCGGGAGCAUUCCCCACUCUUACCCGCACGAGGUGCGUCGACAGCCAAGCGUUGCACAGAAGAGCGACCUAACGGACCAGGAGCGAGAAGGUGACCGUGACGCAGUUUCAGAGCUAGAUGAUUUCGCACCGGAGCCAGAGAAAGAAACGAUAGUGGACAAAUGCCGGCGCUACUGCAACACAGCGUGGGUGUUCAUCUCCAGUUUUCUCGUAACGGCGACGCGGCAUCUCAUGCAGUACUCGAGGGACUACCGCUACGUCUCACGAGCUCUGUCCAUGGAGAAAAAGAUACUCAAGGAAAAAGAAGGCUUUGGCAUCGGACUUCGAGAGGGAUCGCAGAUGAUCUGGGAACCCCUUCCGGAGACCCUGGCACAUCCUGUGCACUUGGAACCGGAAACUUAUGAUAACAAUCUACUCGCCCCGGAUGUGGAAAUGGGCCGUAAGUUAAGCGAUAUAAGCGUCCCGGAGAUCCGUAUCCUGGCGCCGAGCAUGGAGCGCGGACUGGACGCGACGCCGCCGUCGCGGCGCGCGUCGCCGCCGCGCUCCGCCACCGACAGCGUCGGCGACGACACCUCCGAACAUGAGAGCGCGUUUAGCUUGCAGAGUACUGAGAGCAAGGACCUGACGAUACUGGAGGAGCAAGAGGACUCGAUGUUCAAGCAGGGCCGCUCGCCGUUCCUGCAUCUCGCGUACGCCCUGUGGUUCGCCAUCUUGGCGCACACCGACAUUGUUUGCUAUAUCAUGGUUUUCAUAAACCAGAUUCAGUCGGCGACAAUUUUAUCGAUACCUUUGCCUUUGAUGGUAUUUCUGUGGGGCACCCUCACCAUACCUCGACCGACCAAGACGUUUUGGGUUACUCUCAUUGCAUAUACGGAGGUAAUCGUCCUCAUCAAGAGCAUGUUCCAAUUCGAAAUCCUACCGUGGAACCAGAAGGUUUACCCCGCAAACAUGCCGUUCACCGCCCCGCGCAUCAUCGGCAUCGAGCGCAAGGGCAACUACGCCCUCUACGACCUGCUGUUGCUGCUCAUUAUAUUCUUACACAGGUUCAUGUUGAAAUCCCUUGGUCUCUGGAAGGAAUCCAGCCCUGAAAUCGAUCUCCGCGAGGACACAGAGUACCCGCUCACGUCCGAGGACACGCAAAUGAUCGUAGAAGGCAAGUCGGAAGACGUCGGCAAGAAAUACGUGCAACUGCACGAUCGAUCCGGCCCCCUUAAUGAGGCAGCGGAGAGACACAGCCAGAGGACCGGCUCGAGGGAUGAUCCCGAGGACGAUCAGGAAAGGGAGCAAGUAGACGAAGAGCAGGAGGCCGGGCCGUCCAGGCCGCCAGAGGACGGCGACGACCAUUACAAAGUAAAUGACGAUGAGGAGCCAAUCAUCGCCGUGACGACGACGCUCGGAGACAAAUAUCAGCAUUACCCUCAACUCAUGUGGCUGUCUGUGAAGCGCUACAUGCGUCCGAUGAAGAGCUUCUUCCAGCGGAUGCUGGCGCCGGGCGCGCGCGUGACGGCCGACGUGUACGCCUACAUGUUCCUGUGCGACUUCUUCAACUUCCUCGUCGUCAUCUUCGGCUUCGCUGCCUUCGGGACCCACCAAGGCGACGGCGGCGUUAAAGCGUACCUAGAAGAGAACAAAGUCCCGAUCCCGUUCCUCGUGAUGUUGAUCCUCCAGUUCGCGCUCAUAGUCAUCGACCGCGCGCUGUACCUGCGCAAGUUCAUGUUGGGCAAGAUACUGUUCCAGUACGGGCUUAUUAUAGGCGUGCACGUGUGGAUGUUCUUCGUACUGCCCUUUAUUACUGAAAGAACAUUCAACGCGCUGCUGCCGCCCCCGAUGUGGUACAUGGUAAAGUGUGUGUACCUGCUGCUGUCCGCGCACCAGAUCCGGUGCGGGUACCCGCGCCGCAUCAUCGGCAACUUCCUUUGCAAGUCGUACGGCUUCCUCAACAUGGUCUUCUUUAAGUGUUUCAUGGCUGUGCCGUUUGUGUUCGAGUUGCGGACUUUAAUGGACUGGAUCUGGACGGACACGUCCAUGACGCUCAUGGACUGGUUGAAAAUGGAGGAUAUAUUCGCCAGCGUUUUCUUACUAAAGUGUUCCCGGUUCGUGGAGGACGAGUACCCGGCGCCGCGCGGCACGAAGCGGCCCGCGCUCUCCAAGUACCUGCUCGGCGGGACCGUGCUCGCCUUCGUCAUCGCCAUCAUCUGGUUCCCCUUGGUCUUCUUCGCUUUCGGCAAUACGGUGGGACAGCCCAACCCGCCGACGGAUGUGACGGUCAAAAUACGAAUCGGACCAUUCCUGCCCGCCUACCAGAUGUCAGCACAAUCACAUGACAUUUAUCAGUACACGGAGCAGGACUACAACCAGCUAAGCAACCAAUACGCCCGGGACCGCACCGCGCAAACGUUCCUGUCUAACUACAUGUACAACGACGUGGCGGUCAUCAACCUCAACCCCAACUCCACCAUGAACUGGGACAUCUCGCAGCCCGAGCUCGACCGGCUCGAGCGCGAGGCUAUCUCUAACAAUUCGCUUUUGAUAAAGUUCACGUUUACGAUAUCGCACCCGAGCAACAACGCGCAGAACCCGCCGACCAUAGAGGACAGCCGCGAGAUGCCGCUCGAGGCGUUCUACGCCAACGGCACGAGGAACAAGGAGAGAGACACGCUGCUGCACCUGUUGCAGAAUAAUGCUUCUGCUGACACUUGGUUGAACGUUCCAAAACUAUUUCCCAAGUUCUUGAAAGUGUUUAACAAAGGUACAGCGAAACCGGCCUAUCAGCUGAUACCCGGAGACCCAGAGGACGAAUCGACUCAGUACCGCGACGUGCAGCUGAGACUGGAAAGAGAAAAGGGCGCCAUGUAUUGGCGAGUACAAGAAUUUUGUAAAGAAAAGGACGAGCUGCUGAACAUACCGAUGAACAGUUGUGACAUGCUGGUCAUGUUCACGUUCAACGACAAGCUGUUUCCGGAGACGCUCAACUUUAUUUCCGGCGGAGGGAUCAUCGGUCUGUACACAACGUUCGUGUUCCUGGCGUCGCGGCUGCUGCGCGGCUUCUUCUCCGGCAUUUACACCAAGAUCAUGUUCGACGACCUGCCCAACGCCGACAGGGUGCUGCAGCUCUGUCUGGACAUCUACUUGGUCCGAGAAGCCUUGGAACUGGCGCUCGAGGAGGACCUAUUCGCGAAACUAGUGUUCCUGUACCGGUCGCCGGAGACCAUGAUCAAGUGGAGCCGGCCCAAGGACGAGGACGCCGACGAGCAGCGCGCGCUUCCGCCGCUCCCAAGGAACUGAAGGCACGGACAACUGACCGUUCGUUCUUAAUCCUUAUUAUAAUGGCAUAAGGUCCACAGCUGGUAGUAAUUGUCAAAUGUUAUCAACGUAAGAGUUCUGUGAAUCUCGAUGUAAAAUGAUUCCCUUCUGUUUGAAAGUUGCACGUCUUGCCACAGUAGGUACUAUGGCGCCCGUAACGGCUAUACCGAUAAAACUAAAUACCAGAUUGGGCAAUUUAAUUUUCACGCUGACUACUAGCUUUUCUAUAAAGGCGACACGUCGUGAGAAAACCUUAAGCCUUACGCGAACGCAAGUGUGGCGUCGAUUUUCGCAGACAGCGAAAUCGACUCCACACUCGCGUUCGCGGCUUCGCCCGCGAUUCACGCGCAUAGUCUGGAGGGGGCUUUACAUUUGCAAGGAAAUUUUAUCCUGAAAUACCAGUAACCGCAGUGUUUCGUAGGUUAUAGGCUAUCGUUGAAGGUUUAGUGAUGGUCAAUUCGUGUCUCCUAAAUCUCCUAAUUUGUUCUAGUCGUCCUUAUAACAACUAUGAAAAUCAACGAAUUCACUUAACAUUUUAACUAUUACGUCCACACUUUAUUAUGAACAAUAUUUUAAAACUUUCAAUAUAACUACGCUUAAAAGUUUCCAUAAUUUUAAUUUUACUUGUCAAUGCAGUUAUGUAUUAUUACAUGUGUUUAGAUGCAUAAGUUGUACAGCGUAACUUAUAUAAGAGUAACUGCUGUACUUGACACGAUGAGUGAGUAGAUGAAACUCGAAACUGUUUUAUAUCUACCUACUAUGUAAAUUCACUCUAAAUACCUACUUAGGUCGCUUUAGUUGUUGCACCCAAAGUAACACAAUCUUGUUGUGGUGGUCGUUGGUUCGUGAUAGUCACUUGUUUACUAUCAAAAGAACCUAGGUAUACUUUUGGAUUCUAAAUAAUCUCUUCUCUCUUCUACAUUAUUUUGACACAAGGAUUCUGUAAAAUACACAUAAGAUAGCUUCAGCUUAUUUUCAUGCAUUAUACUUAGUACCUACCGAAAGAAUAAGCUCUCUGUAAAUUGCUAGUGUUUCCUUUAGCAUUUAAAAUGUUGGUGUUAACUGUAAAUUUUGUUAUUAUUAUCUUUCGCUUGUUUUGUUAUAAAUAUUGCUCACUUUUUAUUUAUUUAUCGUACCCGUUGUAUGACAAUCUGUGGUAUUAUUUACAACCUAAUUGCGAGACAUUCAAAGUGUUGUGCAUGUUUUUUUGGCAUGGAAACUAGAAUUUUAGGUACUUACCUAUUGCGAUGAGUCAGUUUGGUUUCGCAAUUAUGGUGUUGGAUUUGUUAUAGUUACUGUAUAUAAGAGCAAACUACGUCUAUUUAUUAUAUUGACUAACCAAAGUAAGGGCUACCUGGAGAUUUUUCUGCUUAGCCUGCGAAAUAGAUUAUAAUAUGUUAAUUCUAACAUAUUUGUAUUUUUGUUACUUGUUUCGUAUUUUAGUAUUGACAAAUUAUGAUGAUAAAAAUCACACACUUCCAUGAAUUAAUAUAUACAAAAUAUACCUCAGGAUCUUACUUUGAUACUGUACUUAUAGUAUGUAAUUAUUGUAAAUACCUUCGCGUAGAGCUAUUUUAACCAUGGAUCCCGUAUGCCUUAUACCAUCAGAAUAUCACUACAAAUAUUUAUAUAGGUACCUACGGUAUGAAUGAAUCAUGUCCUAACUAUUGCAAUUUGUAUUCAAACUAAUAACUUUGAGCUUUAAGUUCCAAGUUCCAAAUGGCUCCACGCAACGGUAGUUAUUUAGAAAUUCUAGGAGUAUUGUCCACUUUUAUAUUGUUGUGUUAAGUAAGAUGCAUUUAAAUGUUGUCGAUUUGUGAUAAUAAAACUAGAAUAAAACUUUGAAA